AUGUCAUCAUCUUCAGAGGAUGGAUUGGAUGAAAGAUUGGACGAGAUUUUCGACGAUAUCUGUGACGAUACAAUCGACAACAUUAUCGAGGCCCAAACCAAGAAGCAAAAGAAACGUGCUUAUAUAGAACGAAACCGUGAAGCUGGACACAAUCGUUUGUGGAAUGACUACUUCUCCGAACAUCCGACUUAUGAGGAACAUUUAUUCAGACGCCGUUUCCGUAUGAACAAGGGAUUAUUCAUGCGUAUUGUGUAUGCCCUCUCAGAGAACGUCUCAUUCUUUCAACAAAGAAGAGAUGCUACCGGGAGGUUUGGUCUUUCUGCACUACAAAAAUGUACGGCAGCCCUUCGUAUGCUUGCUUAUGGUUCUGCGGCUGACGCGGUUGACGAAUAUCUCCGACUAGGUGAGACGACGGCACUUUCAUGUUUACAUCAUUUCACUCACGGAGUAAUACAUUUAUUUGAAGAUGAGUAUCUACGAAGACCCACAGCAGAGGAUCUUCAACGACUACUCGAUAUUGGAGAGAAACGCGGGUUUCCUAGGAUGGUUGGGAGCAUUGACUGUAUGCAUUGGGAGUGGAAAAAUUGCCCAACCUCUUGGAAAGGACAGUACGCCCGGGGAUCAAACAAACCGACAAUUGUCUUAGAGGCUGUAGCUUCACAAGAUCUUUGGAUAUGGCACGCCUUUUUUGGUCCUCCAGGUACCUUAAACGAUCUUAAUGUCCUUGAUCGGUCUCCUGUUUUUGAUGACAUUAUAGAAGGUCGAGCUCCAAGGUUAGAGUACGUGGUCAACGGACACAAGUAUAAGUUCGCUUACUACCUCACUGACGGUAUAUAUCCAAGAUGGUCAACAUUUAUUCAAUCUAUCACACGGCCUCAAUGUGACAAAACGCGGUUAUUUGCUAAAAGACAAGAAUCAGCCCGAAAAGAUGUCGAGCGGGCAUUUGGCGUUUUGCAAGCUCGAUUUGCGAUUGUAAAAAACCCGGCUCUUACAUGGGACAAAAAAAAGAUUGGGAAGAUUAUGCGAGCAUGUAUCAUAUUACACAAUAUGCUAGUCGAAAAUGAACGCAAUGGCUACGGGCGUAUCGACAUCUCGGAAUUUGAAGAUGGAAGCGUGACAAGGAGUUCAGAGGUGGAAACCGAAACCGACAUGCCAACAAAUCUCAAUAACAUGUUUUCCGAUCAGAACCAGAAAGAGCUUCGGGAUGCGCAUAUACAUGAACAAUUGAAAAAAGAUUUAGUUAAGCAUAUUUGGAACAAAUUUGGUCAUGAUGAUUAA